AUGAAGGGCGACGACGAGAGGCCCUUUUCCCGCCUCCCGAAGAUCCCGGCCAAUCCGGCGGCGGCGGUCGCGGCGCGGGCCGCCGUUGCGGUGUUCGCGCUGGGAUUCGUCGACGCCGGGUACAGCGGGGACUGGUCCAGGAUCGGCGCGGUCUCGAAGGAGGUCGAGGAUUGGCUCAAGGUCGCCGCGUUUCUCGUUGUCCCUCUCUGCGUUUUGCUCGCAGUUUCGAUCUCUGGUAGUACGGAGGAGGAGCCUUGA